AUGAAUUUCAAUAAUAAUGAUCCACAUAAAUCUCAAGGUCAUAUCAAAAAUAAUUCUAUUUCAUCGACAUCAAAGCCAUCUACGUCUUUUAGGGACACAUCAGAAAAAAAGAACGAUUUACCGUCGAUAUUAAAACCAUCAACUUCAUCGAAUAAUAUUAUUCCUAAUAAACCCUCAUCAUUACCAAUAAAGACUAAUAAAUCAAGUCAUGGUGAAUCUUCAAAUUCAAAAAAUGAUUCAAUAACCUCUUCUUCUACAACAAAACCAUCACAGAAUGAGGGUAAACCUCGACGUAAUAGAAGUUCAACCUUACAUCACGGAGAUCCUACUUUAGAGUCAAAGAGUUCAUCAGGUUUCAGGAGCUCGGUGAUUGGAGAGAGUCCUACUAAACUACCUAAAAAACAUAAACGUACGGGAUCAGCUCCUAUUCUAAAUAUUACGACUAUGUCACUACCUGAUAAUAUAAAUAAAGUAUUUUCGACAAAAUCCAUGACAAAUUUAAAUAAUGAGUUUGAAGCUAAAAUUGAUAGAGAGACUCCAAAACAAUAUCUUGAAAGGAUGAUGUAUGGUGUUUCAAGAUCAAAAUUGGUUACAAUAUUAACGCAAAAGUGA